CCGGCGCCCACCAUGAGGCCCCUCGUCCUGUUGUGGGGCUGCCUCGUGCUCCCAGGUUAUGGAGCCAUAAUGGGCCCGAAGAAGAUCAGAGGAUUCGAAGGUGACACUGUGUCCCUACAGUGUACCUAUGGGGAAAAUCUGGGAGGAUACAAGAAAUACUGGUGCAGGAAGAGCGGGAUCCUCUUUGGCCGCUGCUCUGGCAUUAUCUACGCAACAGAAGACGGCAAGGAGAGGACAGAGGGCAGGGUGUCCAUCCAAAACAACCUUUGGAAUCGCACGCUCAACGUGACCCUGAGGAAUCUCGCCCUGCAGGACUCGGGAGAGUACUGGUGCGGAGUCAAAAGACUAGGCUUUGAUGAGACAUUCCUGGUCUCUCUGAUAGUCCUUCCAGGUCCCUGCUGUCCUCCCUUCCCCACCCCCUUCUUCCAGCCUCUUGCUACAAGCCUCCAGCCCAAGGCCAGAGCUUGGCAAACUCAGCCCCCAGAGUUGACUUCUCCUGGUGUCCACUCGACAGUCACCACAGCCAAGCAGGGGAAGACAGAGGCCAGGGCCUCUCCGUCUACAGGGAUGUCCCCGUACAAGCGCACAGGGACCUCUCCUCGCACAGGGACCUCUCCUCACAAAGCAACCUCUCCUCAUGCAGGGACCUCCCGCCCAUCGACGAACCUGGAUUCCACCUCAGCAGAAGACACCAGUCUUGUCCUCAGAAGCAGCAGCUCCAAGUCCAGGGUGUCCCCCACAAUGGUCCGCAUCUUGGCGCCGGUCCUAGUGCUGCUGACCCUUCUGCUGGUCACAGGCCUGGCUGCCAUCGGCGGGUGCAUGCUCCGGUGGAGGAAGCAAGCUCAACUGGCCACGGAGACACAGAAGAAUAAGAUCAACCUCUCACACUUGCCUCUGGGGAACAGCCUGGUCCCGGAGUACGCUGUGAUCAACCUUGCAGCACCCACUGGGCCUCUUGCCAGCCCCAACCCCUCUGCCAGCCCCUGCACGGAUAUCCGGUGCCAAAGCCAGACCGCAGAGGAAGAGGAAGCCUCUUUCCAGGACCUGGAGGCUGAGGCUAGCCCGGGGCCUCCCCUCCACACGGCUGAGGAGGAGCUCAGAUCCUCCAUGUUCGUUCCAGUCUAGCCACAGAACACCCUCCAGGCAGGCCUGCUGUGAACCACGAACCCGAGGGGCUGGAUUUGCGCUCAUUCGAAUAAGCUUUCUGCCAUGGCCUCAGAGUUCACCGCCAGAC